AUGGUCGCGCCACCCUCCAUCCAAUCGUUGGCUUCUGCUCUCCUGCCUGUGCUAGCAGCCGCCACUGCCGUGCACCCUCAUCAACCCCGUCAAGCCAUCAUCACGGAAGAUGCCUUUUUCUACGGCCAAUCGCCACCUGUCUACCCAACCCCCGAAACCUCGGGCCUUGGAGAUUGGGCUGCCGCCUACGAAAAAGCCCACGCCCUCGUGUCUCAAAUGACGCUUGAGGAAAAAGCAAACCUCACAGUUGGAUAUCCCCCUCCCAACCGAUGCUCCGGCGUCACCGGCUCCGCCAUGCGCGUCGGGUUCCCCGGAUUCUGCACUACGGGAGCGGGCAACGGCAUCCGACAGACGGAUUUCGUGAACGGGUGGCCGGCGGCCAUUAGUAUCGGGGCGAGCUUCAACAAGAACCUCACAUACUUGAGGGCUGUGCAGAUGGGCGGCGAGUUUAGGGCCAAGGGGUCGAGCCUUGCGGGCGGUCCUGUUGUUGGACCCCUCGGCAGGAUGGAGAGGCAUGGGAGGAAUUGGGAGUCGUUCAGCAAUGAUCCCUACCUCGCUGGAGAAAUGGCAGCCCUUACUGUCCGCGGUAUCCAAGAGCAGGGCGUACAAGCCAUGACGAAGCACUUUAUUGGCUACGAACAGCAAAGCCACAGAUUGGCCGCAAACAACAUCAGCGCCGUAUCUUCCAAUAUAGAUGACCGUACCAUGCACGAAAUCUACCUGUGGCCCUUUGCUUCGGCCGUCCACGCUGGAACCGCGUCUGUCAUGUGUUCCUACAACAAGCUGAACAACUCGGGCUCCUGUCAGAACAGCAAGGCCCUCAACGGGAUCCUCAAGGGCGAGCUCGGCUUCCAGGGCUGGGUGAUUUCGGAUUGGGGCGCGCAGGAUUCCGGCGUCGCCAGCGCCAUGGCGGGGUUAGAUGUUGCCAUGCCCUCAUCCAAAUACUGGGGAGCGAAAGGGGAGAUCCUUGCCGAGGCCGUCAGGAAUGGUUCCGUGUCCGCCGAGAGGAUUACCGAUAUGGCUACUCGGAUUGUCGCUGGCUGGUAUCAUCUCGGCCAGGACCAAGGGUAUCCGGAGCUCGGUGUCGGAAUGCCCAUCUCGUUCACAGAGCCCCGAGAGAUCGUGUACGCGCGGGACCCCAAGUCCAAGCCCGUGCUUCUCUCGGGAGCCAUCGAGUCUAACGUGCUCGUCAAAAACAUCAACAACGCGUUGCCUCUCAAGAAACCCAAACUUUUGUCCAUAUUCGGAUACGACGCCCCCGCACCUGCUGCUCAGAACACUCCUUUCCAACGACCCGAGUUCAUCAAAAACAACGGAUGGAUCUGGGGAGCCACGGGCGUCAACAUUUCGUCAUACAAUGAUAUUCUCUAUGGAAGGGAAAGCCUUCCCGGAAUUUCCUUGGGAGGAACUCUAAUCACAGGAGGGGGGAGCGGCGCGACGGCCCCGGCCUACAUCUCCUCCCCUUUUGAGGCCAUUGCCCAACAGGCCUAUGAAGACGACACCUCUCUGUUCUGGGACUUCCAAUCCAUCAAGCCGGCCGUGAAUUCUGGUUCGGACGCGUGCCUCGUCUUCAUCAACGCGUACGCCGGAGAAGGCGUUGACAGGCCCUAUCUUCAUGACGAUUACUCCGACGCACUUGUGAAGAAUGUUGCUGCGAACUGCUCCAAUACCAUUGUCACAAUCCACAACGCUGGCGUGCGCCUCAUCGACCAAUGGAUCGACAACCCCAACGUCACCGCCGUCAUCUUCGGCCAUCUCCCCGGCCAGGACAGCGGCCGGGGUCUCGCCCAGAUCCUGUACGGCAAGGUCUCACCAUCGGGAAAGCUCCCUUAUACAGUGGCCAAGAACGAGAGCGACUACGCAGCGCCCAACCCAGAUCUAGGAGAAGGACAGUACGAGAUGUAUCCCCAGAGUGACUUCUCCGAGGGCCUCUUCUACGAUUACCGCCAUUUUGACAAGGAGGGACUCAAGCCUAGGUUCGAAUUCGGUUUCGGUCUCUCGUAUACCACAUUUGCAUAUAGCGAUCUGUCCAUCGAGUCAAUCACCCAGGAUGCACCCCGUUUCCCCCCCAAGAUGCCCAUCAAGCAAGGUGGAAACCCAGCCUUGUGGGAACCUCUCGUCAAGGUCACCGCCACAGUUCACAAUACGGGCCCAGUCGAAGGUGCCGAGGCAGCUCAGCUCUACGUUGGGGUUCCCGGGCAUGACUCACCCGUUCGACAGCUUCGAGGCUUUGAAAAGGCGACCAUUCCUGUUGGCGGGAAGGUGACUAUGGAGUUUGUCUUGACGAGGAGGGAUCUGUCGGCUUGGAAUGUUGAGGCGCAGGAUUGGGAGCUAAGGAAAGGAAAGUAUAAGAUUUACGUUGGCGGCAGCAGCAGGGAUCUUCCCUUGGAUGGAGUGGUUCGGUUUUAG